GAUGGAUCUGAACGGAUAUUACUUUCUUAGGCGGGUAUAGCGGGUGAUUUUGAGAUGAGAACUGCAGGCCCAAAGACCUGCGCUUACUACUCAAACUUCCACAACGUGAUUUACGGUAAAGGGGGGCUAGACUUGAGGAUGCCUUCAGAAGGUAGAUUAUACUAUACUGCGUUUGUGAAAGCUCGAUUUUUCUAAGUGAGCCUUGGGUUGAGAACGAUAGAUACUGUAUUGAAGCCCACACCAAAUGUAGAUAGAUCUUAUGCAGUUCAGUCUUUUCUCUUUGCUUCAAAAUCAUCGCGGUCAGUAGUCGAAGCUUCAAAAUCCAAUGUCCUCUUAUACAUAUUCUCAAACCUAGCUAACAACUACGAUUAGACUCAUGAAGGCUAUAACUGCCCUCGUCGGCUUGAGCUGGCUUCGCUGGGCUUUAGCGGACGACAUUUAUUGCGAUGCUAAUGUGCCAUGUGCCAUUGGAUGCUGCGGUGUUAAAAGCAAUGUUUGCGGUCUCGGUCCCAACUACUGCAGUGUGGAGAAUUGUAUCAAUAGUUGUGACGCCAAAGCUGAGUGUGACCCGGGUGGCUGGGCGUCCGAGUACGUCAAUAGAACCACCUGCCCGCCGAAUGUCUGCUGCAGCGAGUAUGGAUUCUGUGGCACAGGCGAUUCGUUCUGUGAGACCAAGACUCCCACCAUACCCUCCUGUGAUGUCGAUUCACAAUCAAUAACCCGUGUCAUCGGUUACUAUGCCUCAGGUGGUGCUACUCGCGCAUGUGAUGCCAUGCUUCCCCAGUCCUUUCCCCAGGGAAUCUAUUCGCACAUCUAUUUUGCCUUUGGCAGUAUCAACCCAGAUACCUUUGAAGUAAUCCCCGGAGCCGAUGGUGACGAAGCGCUCUAUACAAAGCUUGCGGCCCUCCAAACACGCGAUGCAACGCAGAAAUUCUGGUUAUCCAUCGGAGGGUGGACUUCACGGACAGUGACCCGACCACAGCGACGACCUUGUCGGAUCUCGCGGCUGCCGACAUCACCUACCAGAAUGUGUUUUUCUCGUCGUUGACUCUUUUCAUGACGACGUGGGGGUUUUCAGGCGUUGAUAUCGAUUGGGAGUAUCCCGCCGCCUCCGAUCGCAGUGGCCGAACAGAAGAUUAUGCCAAUUAGCCGAAGUUCCUGGCCAAUUUGAAAGCAGCACUGGAUGAGUACAGCUAUGGUCUUUCCAUUACGCUGCCUACCAGCUACUGGUAUCUACAGCAUUUUGUAAGUCCACUUCCAUGAAAUAAAUCAUGAAUAUAAGAUCAUGAUUCAUCUAUUCAUUGCAGAGCCCUAUCCGAGUGCUAC